CCUCGGCGGCGCGGCGGAGCCAUGAGCUGGGGCACGGAGCUGUGGGACCAGUUUGACAACUUAGAAAAACACACGCAAUGGGGUAUUGAUGUUCUGGAAAAGUACAUCAAGUUUGUAAAAGAAAGAACAGAGAUUGAACUCAGCUAUGCAAAGCAGCUUAGGAAUCUUUCAAAGAAAUACCAACCCAAAAAGAACUCCAAAGAGGAGGAAGAAUACAGGUACACAUCAACUAGAGCCUUCCUAGCCACUUUAAAUGAAAUGAAUGACUAUGCCGGACAGCAUGAGGUCAUUUCAGAGAACAUGACCUCUCUUAUCACUGGAGAGUUAACACGCUAUGUGCAGGAGCUGAAACAAGAGAGGAAAUCGCACUUCCAUGAUGGCAGAAAGGCACAACAACAUAUUGAAACUUGCUGGAAACAACUUGAAGCAAGUAAAAGGCGGUUUGAACGUGAUUGCAAAGAAGCCGAUCGAGCACAGCAGUAUUUUGAGAAAAUGGAUGCUGACAUUAAUGUUACAAAAGCAGAUGUUGAAAAGGCAAGACAGCAAGCCCAGCUACGACAUCAAAUGGCAGAAGACAGCAAAGCAGAAUAUUCUUCUACUCUACAGAAGUUCAACAGUGAGCAGCAUGAUCAUUACUACACACACGUACCAAACAUCUUCCAGAAAAUACAAGAGAUGGAGGAAAGAAGAAUCGUGAGGAUAGGUGAAUCCAUGAAAACUUUUGCAGAGGUUGACCGCAAAGUGAUCCCUAUCAUUGGAAAGUGUCUGGAUGAAAUAACAAAGGCUGCAGAAUCAAUUGAUCACAAGAACGAUUCGCAGCUGGUAAUAGAAGCCUUUAAAUCAGGGUUCGAGCCUCCGGGAGAUGUCGACUUUGAGGAUUUCACGCAGCCGAUGAAGCGGACUGUCUCAGAAUCCAGCCUUUCCAACUCCAGAGGGGAUGGGAAAUCUGAGCCGAAGUUUGGUGGCAAAUCCAAGGGCAAGUUGUGGCCAUUCAUCAAGAAAAAUAAGCUUAUGUCCCUUUUAACAUCCCCCCAUCAGCCCCCUCCUCCUCCCCCUGCCUCUGCCUCACCCUCUGCUGUUCCCAACGGCCCCCAGUCUCCCAAGCAGCAAAAGGAACCCCUCUCCCAUCGCUUCAACGAGUUCAUGACCUCCAAACCCAAAAUCCACUGCUUCAGGAGCCUAAAGCGCGGGCUUUCUCUCAAGCUGGGAGCAGGGCCAGAAGACUUCAGCAAUCUCCCACCUGAGCAAAGAAGAAAGAAACUUCAGCAAAAAGUCGAUGAACUAAACAAAGACAUUCAGAAGGAGAUGGAUCAAAGAGAUGCCUUAACGAAAAUGAAAGAUGUGUAUAUCAAGAACCCACAGAUGGGAGAUGCAGCGAGUGUGGACCACAGAUUAGCAGAACUUGGACAGAACAUUGAAAAGUUACGAUUAGAAGUUCAGAAGUUUGAGGGCUGGCUGGCUGAGGUGGAGGGCAGGUUACCCAUGCGGACUGAACAGGCCCGGCGGCAGAGCGGACUGUAUGAAGCCCAGAACACUUCAGCAGUAAACAGCUGCGCGCAGGACCGGGAGAGCAGCCCAGAUGGCAGUUACACAGAAGAGCAAAGUCAGGAGACUGAGAUGAAAGUACCUGCAACGGAUUUUGACGAUGAAUUUGAUGAUGAAGAACCACUACCCACCAUAGGAACAUGUAAAGCGCUCUAUACAUUUGAAGGUCAGAAUGAAGGAACAAUUUCUGUAGCAGAAGGCGAAAUGCUCUAUGUAAUAGAAGAAGACAAAGGUGAUGGGUGGACACGAAUCCGAAGGAACGAAGAUGAGGAGGGCUAUGUCCCUACGUCGUAUGUUGAAGUCUAUUUGGACAAAAAUGCCAAAGAUGUGUACAAAUCACUUCAGAAAAUCUCUGAGUAGGUUUGCAUAGGCCUGUUCACCUUUUAUUCUACUGGUUUGCUGCUACGGUUGUUUUAAGAGCUCUGUUUCAGAAGGUUUUCUUUAGAAGAGAUGAAUGCACAUGUCAUAUCUCCAGCAAUGAAAGACUCUGUUAGGUACUGUUCACUCAGCUGAUGCGUGUAUAAGUUCACCUCUUGAAAUUUAAAUGUGCAUCACUACCAAUGAAAGUACUGGCCCGACUGUAUGAUUUUAGUUGUAAACAGCAUUAUUGUCCUUCCUAAUAGAAAUGAGAGCCAACACAGUUCAUUCUCUUCGUGAUGCAUGCAGGAAACUAUUAUAAAUGCUAAAAAACAGGCAGGCUACGAAUUGGAUGUAGUGGAUGUAAACUUAUGUUUUGGGGCUUAUGGCAACCUCUGACUGCUAGGGGAUGAGGAAGAAAACUCCUCUGUGCACACAUGGGUGUAGCUUCUUGCAGGGCUUUUCUGCAGGUGUCUGGUGCUGACGGCUGUCAAAUACAGGAACUAGUUGGGCCUUUUUGCUCAAGACUGACCAUACUGUGUCACUGAACAUGGUACCUCAAAAUCUGCUUGGGAACAAAACUGCCUUUCACUGAGGGGUGUUGUGAAAUAGCGUGAUACACAAAAGAACUUGCAUGAAGUAACCGGCUUUAUAUAAACUCUCCAUUGCACCCAGCAAAAAUGCCAUGUUUGCUUCUACCAGAAAGCCUGGCUGUUUGGGUGACAUGCGAGUAACAGAGGCUGUCUUGUGAAGUUAAACUUCCUGAUAAGAAAAUUUUGGAGCCAUGGGCUGAUUAGCAUUUCAGCUCCUUUGCCGCUGUGGGUCUGUUCCUCCUCACCUCCAGUUAUAUAAAUAAAUCCUUAUAGACAGCCCUGUGAUUCUCAGCGCUGCAGCUCUGCUGUUUGUUUGCUGUAACCAUUAUGCAGAGCCUUGACUUAUAUAAAUAAAUAGGUAAAAGUUAACCAUGCUGAUGCACUUUUUAUCUAGGAUAUAUCUGAUUAUUUAAUGCUUGCCAAAUUAUUUAGGAAACAGUAAUUAUAAACUGGACUGUGGCUUUUUAAAAUCCUUUUGUUAAAUACUUGCCCUUAGUUCUCCCAGUAUAAAAAAAAAAAAUAUUGUAUAUAACAUAACUUAAAAACUAAAGUUACUUGAAUUUGAAUUGUUUUUAUCCUUUUAUAUAUGUAUAAAUAUAAAUGGUUUUAUAGGCUGUUCUUCUGCUUAACUUAGCUGUUGUUUUGAUAACUACUCGGUCCCCUUUAUGUUGAUAAGCGUUUUUGGUUACUCAACUGCCUGCAUCUGGUUGGACUUGGAUAGAAACUUUUGUUUUGUGUUAAGGUUUGUUAAAUCCAGCCAGUGUGGUUGUUUCAUUUCUAUUCUUAUUUUUUAAAGAAUCAUCAUCUGUCAGGAAUCUCUUUAUAGCUUGAUGUACCAUGGUGUCUUCUUCUAAUAAACAUUAUAUUUUCUCA